AGGUGUCGGAUUCUUCGUAGGUACGCGGGCGGUUGGCACAACUCUUUAACCCAAGUGCUUAUUCAAUUUCUUAUUACCCCGUACAAUUUUUGCCAGCCAACCCCCAUUCAUGAACUGGAGGUAGUGAGAGGAGUAGGAAAGAACAAAAAAAAAAAAAAAUCAAAGGGCAAAAAGAAACAGUUUGUGGGAGGACUAGAGACAUUUUAAGAAAAAACAUAAAUAAAUAAGAAUAAAAAGAAAGUGAAUUAUAGUUGCAGAACAUGGAGGGAAGGUGAAAGAAAGGGGAGAGUUUGUGUUCCAGAUCUCUCCAUGUUGCUGUGAGUUUGUGUGGCUUGCCAAGCUGUUUCUGCUCUGGAUUUGAAGAAGAAAAGAUUUAAGCAUAACAGGAUAAAUAUAAUGGCAUCCGCAUCCAGGAACCCAUAAAGGAUUUUUGGGUAUAUCUUGCCAAGUUAAAAUUUUAACAUGGAAGAAUUGAGUGCCGGAGUGGUUUCUCCAAUGCUAAUUCACCAUCAACAACUUGGCGGUUGUUUGCCGCAUUCCAUGGCCAAGAAGCGUAGUUUGUCAUUUCAGUCUAUAAACAUGGCACAACAACGGAACCCUUUGGACACCUGGAAUCCCAAGGCUUGGGAAUGGGAUAGCACCAGGUUUCUUGCCAAACGAAAAGAGUAUGAUGGAUUCCAGCCUGGUGCCCGGGCAGAAUUACAGUUGAGAAGAGAUGGAGCUGUGCCAGUGCAGCCAAAGAGAAGGGAGGAACAGAUGGAUGAUCCAAAGAAGACAAUACAUGUGGUUGAAGAUGAUGAGACUCUUAGGUUGAAUCUUGGAGGCACUGGAGGUUGCAAAUUGAAUUCUGCAGAGGAGCUGACGGUACAGCCUAACAAAAGAGUCCGAUCUGGAUCUCCUAAUGGUGGUAACUAUCCGAUGUGCCAAGUUGAUAAUUGUAGAGAAAAUUUGACCAAUGCCAAGGACUAUCACCGGCGGCAUAAGGUUUGUGAGAUUCACAGUAAAGUUAGUAAAGCUUUGGUGCGGGAUCAGAUGCAACGGUUUUGCCAGCAGUGUAGCAGGUUUCACCUGCUUUUGGAGUUUGAUGAGGGUAAGAGGAGUUGUAGGCGCAGACUCGCUGGGCAUAACAAGAGGAGGAGAAAAACUCAGCCUGAGGACACAACACCAAGGCCGUUGCUUCCAGGAAAUAAUGACAAUUCUGGGAAUCGUAACUUAGACAUUGUCAAUUUGCUAGCAGUUCUAGCUUCUGAACAAGGCAAUAAUGACCCAGGGAGCGCUAAUAUCCCAUUGGUACCUGAUAAAGACCAAAUAAUGGAGAUUCUUAGUAAAAUUAAGUCAUUACCCUUGCCAGCUAACUUAGUGGACAAGUUGCCUGCUUCUGGAAGCUCAAGUCAGACCAGUGCCAACCAAUUGUCCCCGGGAUUUAAAGCAAAUGAGAGCAUCUCUUCUCCAUCAACUUUGGACCUGCUUUCUCCACUUUCAGCAACUCCAGCAGCAGGUUCUUCUGAUGCGGUGGACAUUCAAUCGCAAAGAAGCAGUCAGGGGAGUGACACUGAGAGAAGUACAUUGACCUGUGUUGAGAAGGUGAAAUGGCUCAAUUUGCAAGAAAGACCACCUCUAGAGCUUUUGUCAGUUCAAGGGGAUAGAACAAGUGCCAGUUUCCAAUCUACUGAUGAUCUAGAUUUUCAAGUUCACGAGACUCGUUCUCAUCUACCGUUACAGCUUUUUAGUUCUCAAACUGAAGAUGAUAGCCCACCAAGACUUGCAGGUUGUGGCAAAUAUUUCUCUUCUGAGAGCAGUAAUCCUUCAGCAGAGAGGUCGCCUUCAUCUUCACCACAUGUUGAGCAUAAACUAUUCCCCAUGCAGAUAUCAAAUGAAACAGUGAAGCCUCACUGUACUUUUGCUAGUAGGGAGGAGACUCAGGAGAAUAAGAAUCUUAAUGCUACUAAAAAAAGUGGUUGCAUUACAUCUUUAAAGCUUUUUGGAGGUUCAAUAGCUGGAGCAGACAUUGGCUCUAUUCAAAACCCUGCUUAUAGAACAGGAUAUACAUCUUCCUAUGGGUCUGAUCAUUCACCUUCUAGUACGAACUCUGAUGCACGGGAUCGAACUGGACGCAUAAUAUUCAAACUAUUUGAUAAAGAUCCCAGCCACUUGCCUGGGACACUGCGAACCCAGAUUUACAAUUGGCUUUCCAAAAUUCCUUCAGAAAUGGAGAGUUAUAUAAGGCCUGGUUGCAUUGUUCUGUCACUUUAUUUAUCAAUGCCACCUUCUGUCUGGGAGCAACUAGAAGAAAAUCUUUUUCAGUAUGCGAAUGCUUUGGUUAAAGAAGUUGAUCCUCAGUUUUGGGCUAGUGGAAGAUUUUUAAUUCGAACAGACAAGCAACUGGCUUUACACAAAGAUGGGAAUAUCCGUGUAUGCAAAUUAUGGAGAGAGAGAAAGUCCCCAGAAUUGAUAUAUGUCUCCCCCUUGGCAGUUAUCAGUGGACAGGAGAUAUAUCUCACACUUAAAGGGAGAAAUCUGAACUUUCCUGGCACCAAGAUUAAUUGCACACAUGCAGGUGGUUACACAAUAAGGUCGGUUCCUUCAUCAGCAUGCCAAGAAAAUGCCUGUGAGGAGAUAAUCCUAGGCAACUUUGUAAUCGAUGAUACAGAUCCUAGUUUACUUGGUCGUGGUUUUAUUGAGGUUGAAAAUGGGUUUGGAGGAAGUACUUUUCCUGUUAUUAUAGCUGACAAUGCUGUGUGUGAAGAAUUGAGGUGCCUUGAAUCUGAAAUAAUUGAAAUUGUGAAAGUUCCCAAAGCAGUUGAUUUUUGGAUGCCCAGGUCAAGGGAAGAAGUAGUCCAUUUUCUAAAUGAGCUUGGAUGGGUGUUUCAAAGAAAGGGCAAUUCCUCCAUGUUUGAGGGUCCAGAUUUUAUGAUUAGCCGCUUCAAAUUUCUAUUCAUAUUCUCAGUUGAACAUGAUUUCUGUGCAGUGGUUAAAACACUUUUAGAGAUUCUGUUGGAGAUUACCUUGGUUAGAGAAGCAAGUAGGGAAUCAUUGGAGAUGCUCUUUGAACUUCAGCUUUUGAGCAGGGCUGUUAAAAGGAAGUGUAGGAAGAUGGUUGACUUGCUUGUUCACUACUCUAUAUGUGCUUCUGGUGGAAGCCCUAUCAACUAUAUCUUCACACCCAAUCUUACUGGGCCAGGUGGCAUUACACCUCUGCAUUUAGCAGCUUGUACAUCGAAUUCAGAUGACAUUGUUGAUGCUCUGACUAGUGACCCACAGGAGAUUGGGUUGCACUGCUGGAAAUCUGUACUGGAUGAAAAUGGAGUGUCUCCUUGUGCAUAUGCUUCAAUGAGGAAUAACGACUCUUACAACAAGCUUGUGUCUCAGAAGCUUUCUGUGAGAGAAAAGGGCAAAGAAAUAUGUUUAGUGAUUGGAAAUGAAGUGGAAGAAGAGCAGGAGCAUAAACCUCCUACUGCUGCUGCUGCUUGCCAAGUUAACAAGGAACCCAAAUCUUGCUCGAAAUGUGCUUCUGCAGCGAUAAUGAGAUAUAACAGCAGGCCGAGGAGUCCACGAGGAUUGAUGUAUCGUCCCUACAUCCAUUCAUUGCUUGCUAUUGCUGCAGUUUGUGCAUGUGUGUGUAUCUUCUUCCGGGGAUCCCCAGAUAUUGGCUCAGUUGCUCCCUUAAAGUGGGAGAAUUUGGAUUUUGGUGCAAUUUAAUUAGGAUGAAGUAAAUAGUGUACCAGUAAUUCCAUCUAGGCUAAGCUAGCUAGGCUUUUUAUUUUAUAAUCAAGACAGACAAUAAUAUAUAUCUAUAUAUAU